CUCCACGAGCGUGAUUGUUGUCAGAAUCACUCCUGCUCUCCGCGUGACCCGCAGAACAGUGCUGCCCAGCCGGGCUCUCCAGGGCUUCCCGAGGACAGGGGUAGUCAUCCCGCGCGUUGUUUUUAUGUCGCCAGGGCUACCAUCAUAUCUCCUCCAGCUGCACCUCUCUCCUCCCGGUCGUUCAUCUGCCCUUCAACGUUCGCCGCAGCCUCUGCAAUUCCAGAUAUCCUGUCUGAAAGACAGCCAUGUCGCACACUGGUACGCUCCGGGGUACGCCCAAGAACCGUAAUCAGGUUCACUACACCAACAGUCCCUCUGGUAUCCCGCGUCCAGCUCUUGAUUCCCAUGGGUCUCAUGGACCCCAAAGUGAGGCUGGAACUUCGACCCUCAGCGCCAGUAGAGCGAAGCAAUCUAAGAGGGAUGAGGCGAUCCGGCGCAAAAUCGAGACGGACCUCAACAAGAAGAAGAACCCUGGCGCACGCGUUCGCACGACGAGGAAGGCACCUCCCGGGACGGUGCUGGCUCUCAAGCCCAGUCCCGCAUUGCAAAUCAAGCCCAACACCACAGUUGCCGAGGCGGCCCAACUGAUGGCCGCGAAGAGGGAGGACUGCGUUCUGGUCACCGAUGACGAUGAUCGCAUCGCCGGUAUCUUCACGGCCAAGGAUCUGGCUUUCAGGGUGGUCGGUGCAGGUAUUAAGGCUCGGGAUGUCACCAUUGAGGAGAUCAUGACGAAGAACCCCCUUUGUGCCAAGACAGAUACCAGUGCUACUGAUGCCCUCGAUCUCAUGGUCAGGAAGGGUUUCCGACAUUUGCCGGUCAUGGAUGAGAACCACGAUAUCUCCGGUAUUCUCGAUAUCACGAAGUGCUUCUACGACGCCAUGGAGAAGCUCGAGCGGGCCUAUAGCUCGUCACGGAAGCUCUACGAUGCUCUGGAGGGAGUACAGGCCGAGCUGGGAUCAAGCCAACCACAGCAGAUUAUACAGUAUGUCGAGGCCAUCCGCCAAAAGAUGUCUGGUCCCACUCUGGAGUCCGUGUUGACUGGCCUUCCUCCUACCACUGUGUCUGUGCGUACUUCGGUCAAGGAGGCCGCUGCCCUGAUGAAAGAGAACCAUACUACGGCCGUGCUCGUCCAGGACCAAGGCUCCAUCACCGGUAUAUUCACCAGCAAGGACGUUGUCCUCCGUGUCAUUGCCGCGGGGCUUGACCCCGCUACCUGUAGCGUCGUCCGCGUCAUGACGCCUCACCCGGAUUUCGCUCCGAUGGACAUGAGCAUUCAGGCCGCUCUGCGGAAGAUGCAUGAUGGUCACUACCUGAAUUUGCCAGUCAUGAGCGAAGCCGGCGAAAUUGUUGGCAUGGUCGACGUCCUAAAACUCACAUAUGCCACGCUUGAUCAGAUCAACAAUAUCAGUACUACAGAUAACGAAGGUCCGGCGUGGAACAAGUUCUGGCUGUCUUUGGAUGACGGCACUGAAUCCAUUAUGUCUGGCGAGGGCGGUAGCCGUGUUCCUGGAACCCCCGACGCCCGCUCUAUGAUGUCCCACGAUAUGCAUAGGCCCGGCCUGACGGAUCGCGGAGACAGCGUGCUUCCGAAUGAAUCUGCCUCGCACCUUGGGGAGUCGCCGUCGCACUCAGCGCUUGGUGGAGCGGCCCCCGGGUCCGCGGAGGAUGUCCCAUUUGCUUUCAAGUUCAAGGCUCCUAGUGGACGUGUGCACCGCCUCCAAGUCGUUGCUUCUGCUGGAAUCGAAGAGCUGGUUUCACGUGUUGCCGGCAAACUUGGAAGCGAGGUCGACAGCAUUGGCGGAGUUCCGACUUUUGAGGACGGCAAAAUAUCCAAGUCUGGUUUUGCUUUGAGCUACCUGGACAACGAGGGCGACACUGUGUCCAUCACCACGAAUCAAGAUCUCAUCGAGGCCGUCAGCCUGUCUCGCCUUGCUCACCGAGACAAGGUCGAUCUCUUUGUUCACGAUCCCGAGAAGGCGCCGCUGCCCCCGACGGUCGAGCCCCAGCCUGUCUUGGCGAAACCCGCGACACCGCCAGAGUCUGUUCUGCGUGAACGUAAGCAGUUCUUCGAUGAGCAAGAGGAGGAAAGCCAGCCUCGGCAUAGGGCCCAGCCCCCGGCCGCAGUGAAGCAGGAGGAGAUCAUUGCCGGAGUGCCGAAUGAUUUGCUGCUCCCAGGAGCUAUUGUAACGCUUGCUGUUGUUAUUGUUGCGGUGUUUGCACUUGGAAGGGCUUCGAGCCGGUAGUCCGUUGGUGAGGAGGUAAUAAGAGCGAUGUGUGUGUUACGCUUGCAGCAAUGUUUCCGUCUUCUGAUAUCCAUCGGUCCACGUCGACUGAGCGAGGAAGUAUUAGGGUCGAAACUCUCUAUGGUAGACUAAAAGUAGUAAUAGGAUUCAGUAACUGCACCUUCGAUCCGACUGUCUUUGCAUCAUUCUCAUGUAGUAAAGUCUACCUAUAAAACCAGUUAAAUAGUUCCUAGGUACCGUUGUGUGUCCAUGAAACUGAAG